AUGGGUGACGGGGAAGAGAGUAACGGCGUGCGGGAUGAGGGCCAGUUGGCCCACGACCCAGCCGAUGGAGGAACCAGCGAAACUUCAAACGUGUACGAAGAUGCCAUGGAAAAUGGAGACGCUCCAAAUGGAGAUGGCGCGCAGCAUCGACUUGAUGAUGCAGCUCAUCUACCGACAACCACCGUGAGAAACCGAUUCUGCAGAAACGCCCCCAAUGCGGACGACGCGGAAAAGUGCCACAAGGGCAAACCCGACGUCAAGACGGUACCCCAACAGAAGGAAUUAGACCCCCCCAAAGAUGAAUCAGAAAAGGAGCAUAUCCCCUCCGAACUGGAAUGCGCCAUAUGCAUGAAGCUGCUAAUCAUACCAGUGACAAUACCUUGCGGACACAACUUCUGCCGAGACUGUCUGGAGAAAGCCAAGGAAUACAAAAAUACGUGCCCCUUAUGUAGGUCAAACAUGGGGGACAAAAAAAACAUUAACAUUUUGUUGGCCGAUUUGAUAAAGGAAAAAUACCCAUUGACAUAUGCCAAGAGAGUGGAAGAAAUGGAAAUGAUAAAAAGAGAAAAAGAAAAAAAAAUUCUAAAGGAAAGAUUCGAUGCGAUUAAAAACUCGUCUGUCAUUCCGUUGUUUAAAGUUCCUCUAGUCUCUGGUCCUUACUUCCCAGGAGAGGUAUUCGACCUCAACAUAUAUAAUGAAAAAUUUAUUGACCUCAUUGAACUCAUAUCUAGUGAACGCACCUUUGCUAUUACAUCCAGUAAGGACAAAUCAGAUAAUGGGGACGAAAAAAUGUAUGGAAUCCACGUAAAAAUUUUACAGCAGAAUAAAACGAACCAAGUGCUCUGUAUCAAAUGUGUGGCAAACUUUCGGGUCAUCCUUUAUAACAUUAUACACUUCCAUCAGUAUGAGAAUUACAUAGCUAGCCAUUCUCCUCUUUUUGACGAAUCAAUUUCUUUGAAUUUUUUUGAGUACAAUUUGUUGAGAGGGUGUAAAGGAGCUGCUGGUGCGGGUGCCGGUCCAGGUUCUUCCCCUGAUUCUUCCCCCUGUGCUGGUAACCAUUGUGACCACUGCUGCAAGGGGUUGAAGUGUAAUUCAAACUGCACCAAGGAAGGUUCUUCCUCUUGCGAUAAGCAACGGGGGGGAAAUACAACCUCCGAAGGGGGCACCUGCAAGUGUGCCGUGUCUGGCACGUCAUCCAUGGGGAUGAACCGAGAAUGUACCAACCAAACCACAGUCGAUUUGGGAAAGAAAAAAGUGGAAGAAUUGAAGAAACUGCUAAACAGAAUCGAGUUGGAAGAUGAUAUAAACUCAAUUUCCUCCUACUAUGACCAGUGCAGAAGUAUAAUGAGCAAUCCUACAGACACGAAUGACUAUAAUGUAUACAACGCAGUGAAUUACUACGCGUGUAUUAUUUUUUCAAGAAUCUGUCUGCUCUGUAUAAGGUACCAGCUGAACCGUUUUGGCAAUGCAGGAAUACGUUUGUUUAAUAGCAAGUUCCGAAAUGUCAAGCUUACCUGCUCCGAACCUUCCAAUCAAGAGCUGGAAAACUUUUCCUACUCUCUUAGCAGCGCUAUUAUCUCUAGAUCCAUUCUCAAGUGGAGAUGGUUCAAGACGACCAACACGACGGAGAGGCUGGAAAGCAUAACUCAGUAUUUUCUAAAAAAGAAAAAUAAAAGUAUUUUAGCCCUUGACAAUUCGAGGUCCCCGAUUAUUCACCGUCUUUUCAUGUUGGACUCCAUUUCCUCGUCCCUUCUCAUUUUGGUUUUCAUUUCGGUCAUCAUAUUUGUUAAGUACUUCCUCUACUGA